AUGGCAUCGACAUCCGACCUAGAUCCAGUGCCUUCGAGAGCAAUCAUGCUACCGGAUAUCUUAACGCUUAUCUUCGAAUAUCUCGCUAUCAGGACCGAUCACGUCCUUCCACGACGGGACAGAAGAACACCUUGCUCUGAGUGGCUCCCCGCGAUAAACACUUGCCGGACAUGGAGGAGGGUGGCGAUCUCGACCACUCGAAUAUGGUGCUACAUAUGGACUGCCUUGUCCCCAAGUUUAGCUUGGAUGUUCCUACAGCGAUCCAAGGCAGCCCCCCUCUAUCUAUGGAGUUGCAACUCCGAGUCAAACUGGCAGACCGUGUCCAUGGUUCUCCAUCAUACGCAUCUUCAUCGUUUGAAGGAAGUUGAAAUCAUGGACUGCGAUCAACACGUAUGGUUCAAGACCUUGCUCGACAAUCCAGCCUCUCAACUCGAAGUGCUCACCCUCUGUGGCAGUACGCCUUGGGACAAUGCACGAUGUUGUUUCUCAACGAACGCACUCCAUGACAGCGCGCCGGCUUUGCGGAAGCUCCAUAUAUUUGGUUUCAGCUUUGAACUCGACCCGCGCUUUCUCUCCAACCUUACACAUCUGAACUUAUCGUUCUGCGGGAAUGACCGUAUUCUUGAAGACAUGGAUCGUUUCUCACCUUACGAACUCCUGGUAGCUUUGCAAGGCAUGCCUCAUUUACAGAAACUAACCCUUGGAGCCGUUUUGGACCCCGAAUACGAAAUACCGACGCUUGAGGACGAUGUCGGUGUCAACCUACUAGGCCUGACCUAUCUGGAGUUCGAAGUGGAAUUCAUGCUUGAUUUUCAAAUUUUGCAAUAUCUCGCGUUCCCUUCUAUCAAGAGCAUUGUUCUGCGAUGCGAUGAAGUUGCAGACCCCGCGGAUAUAUCAGUCAUCACUCCCAUUCUACAUGGCCUCCUUCCACCACAUGAUUCCUCCCUCACUCAUACUGCAGUCGUCAUUGAGGCAAGCGGUUCCAAGUUGUAUAGUAAGCCUGAAUCCAGAACGACGAUCAAACUUGAGGCCGGACCCACGGAAAUGCCCCCAGUCAAACUUAAGCUAGCCUUGGUUGGCACGACUUGCUUUCAAUGCGAAGACUUUCUUGAAACAUUCUAUCCCCUUCUUGAUUCCAUUGACACACUCGACUUCGACGGGUACGCAGAAGCACAGGAUGGCAAGGACCCUAGUAUCUUUGCCUCUUUCUUCCACGUGACUGCUACAGAGCUACGUGUCAGCGGCCUGGCUGAUAUCAUCUUUGCCCUUGCGAGCACACCCAAAAGACCUAGGGAAGAUGGUCAGCCUCUAUCAUACCCACUCCCCAACUUGCAAGCUAUCUCCUUGUUUCAACAGAGAGAUUCAAAGGAUACAAGGCAGUUGGUUGCUUGUAUCAAGCGGUUACUUUUGGAGAGAAAAGCACUGGGUGCCGCCGUUGAGAUAUUGGAGGUCGUGCUUAAACGUGGCCGUAAGACCACAGCCGCGUACAAGAUCACUCCACAAGACAUGGAACCUCUCACGGAAAUCCUCGAAGUCGCGUUUCUUCCAUGA